AUGUAUAUUAGGGUGAGUGGAAUAAAUAGGAUGGUAAGUAGGCAUGACCUCCGUAAGAUAUUUACAUUUAGGUCUCCGAUUUUCAAAGAGGUAUGUGAAUCUGUAAACGAACAGAUUUAUUUUUACAGUUUGCUGAGUGAUGUGUAUGCAGCAGAGCUGCUUAAUGGACAAUGCAUUCUUGAUGAUUUGAACGUUGAAUUUGUGAAAUUACACCUUGAGGAUGCUGAGUAUGCAAUAAUUGCACCAGAAGGAAGUACGUGCUGUUUGUGCAUAGUUUCUAGUGAGAUGCUUGCUGUUGAGGAAGUGGAGAGGUGUUUUGGGCAAUCAGCCAGGUGCUAUAUCCAAGAGAAAGGGCCCAAUAAGAUGUUUAGUGUGGUUGAGUUUAAUGAAAAAGUGGAAGUAAAGAAGCAUGCAGGGAUGGAAUGGGUGUUUGGUUUCGAGGCUUAUGCAUGCCAUGUUGUUUUUAAUAUGCUAUAUAAAUCAAAGGAGCUAUGA